AUGACGAUUUCUUCUGAUGAGCUCACGACAGAAAUAUUUUUCCCUGAUGACCUCAUAAUAGAAAUUCUGUCAUGGCUUCCUUUGAAGAGUGUUAUGCGAUUUAAAUGCGUUUCCAAGUCAUGGAAUUCUCUUAUCAUCGAUCCUUACUUUGUGAAAUUACACCGUAAAAGAUCCAUUAUCUUACAAAUGGAGUUGAGGAAGACAGUCAAAACUUACGCAGCCAGGGGAAAAAAUCAUAUGCUUAAUGCUAUUACGAAUUCUCGGAACGAAAGACGUUAUGGUGUCUCCAGGAAGGAAGCAGAACGCGGCCGCGAAUGUUUCCGUGUGGCACAUACUGCUGCCAUGAAAGAAGCUCUAAUGGAGGAAACAGCAUAUUACCGCCCCAGCAACCGUGUGGCAGAAGAAGAUCGCCCUAGUCUUCUAUGGUGCAUGCUCGGCGUCGUCGGUUUACUUUUGCUCAUGGCGGCGUCGUAA